CAUACGCCAACUUCCCCUUUCCUCCUUUCCCCCCUUUUUCUUUAAUCUCCACUCUUUGCUAUAACACACUUACUUGCUCCCACUCCCCCUGUUUUUUCCCCCUAAUUUCUUUUGCCUUUCCACCCACAACUCCCAUGGCGGCAUCGCCAUCGCUGCUCUCUGCAUUGCUCCUCCACCACUUCCUUCUGGUCGUGGUGGUGGAAGGGUCGUCGUCGUGGUGCGUGGUUCGAACCGAUGCCAGCUACCAGGCACUGAAGGCGGCUCUGGACUACGCGUGCUGGGCCGGAGCGGACUGCACUCCGAUCCAGUCGAACGGACUCUGUUUCCUGCCAAACACCAUCCAAGCUCACGCUUCCUACGCAUUCAACAGCUUCUACCAGCGCAAGGGCAUGUCCCCUGACUCCUGCUACUUCUCCGGCACCGCGAAUAUCGCCAGAACAGACCCCAGCUAUGGAUCUUGCGUCUAUCCAGGAUCUCUCAGUGCAGCAGGCGGGGCAAUUCCAACCCCAACACCGCCAACUAAACCCUAUUCAUUCACACCGCCAGCGACCACCACCACCACUACUCCGACCAUCAUCACCGGCCUUGCUCCACCGCUGCCUACUGACACCGACAACUCCAGAGCUUCCAUCGGGUCCAUGGAUGUUGCAGUGCUACUGCCUGCUGCCUCGGUGUUCGUCCUCUUGUUUAGUUUCUGAACUUCAAACCAACCUGUUGAGUCAGGGAAGCAGCUACUCUGCCAAGCACUGGAAAAAAGCUGCCACAGUUUUGUCAGGAAAAAAGGGUUGCGGAAAGAAACAACUCUGAUUUGGUGCUCCUCAGCUUUCCUCUCAGAUGGUUAGCAAUUGUAUCUAUAAUAACCCUACUGUAGUCACAAUAUUUCUUGUAGGUGUACAGUACAGUUCAUGUUCUUGAAUGUGAAAUCAUAUUGAUUCUCUCUUGAUUCUUGCCAGGCUUCAUUCAGUCAUUUGGUGCUCCUAAUGAAAUCCAGGACGUGGUUUCUUCUAAUAAAUCACUAAUAAUGUAAAUUUGAUUCUCCUUGUUCUAUAAUUCCUUUCGGAAGAUCUCUCAACUCGCACUGCCAACUACCUUUACUUACCGCCUGCCGAUUCUUCUGUGUGUUUAGCCAGGCAGGCAUCUUUCAAGUUCUCUAACUAUGUAAACAAUGUCGCCAGCAAAUUCAGCUAACUACAGAUUCCUUUGCGACUCCAUAGACAUAUGUAUCAUGUUUCACCUGCAGAAUCCCAUGACCAAAGCUGGUUUCUCUGCAUGCAUUAUACUCAGGCUGCUGAUCCCAGCUGAAGUGCUCUCUGAAGUGAAGUCGAAGGCACAGAACCCACCAAUAUCAGUGUCUGGGGUAAGAGAUGGAUUUGGACAGCAACCAGGAUCAUCAGCAUGUGUUAUGGCCAUCAUCUCAUGACUCCUUCCAGCUCCAGCGACUAUAUAAACUGGACCGCAAGGAUCCAGAGUGCAGUUGUGAGCCCGGUGAAAUUCAUAUUUGUAACAUGUCAUUGAAGACUACAACUCCAUAACUGUACAGCAAGUCCUCCAUCUCAACUGUCAUGCACUCAGCAGCUAUUGCUACCUGAAAGUUCUGACCAAGACGGAUGCCAAGCUGCUAUCACCCAUGGGGUCUGGCUUUUGUCGACACUGUACAAGUCUGUUUCUAGCCAUUUAUACUGGUCAGCUGUAUGAAACGGAUAUCUGAUCAUCAACCUGUGGUUCUAGCUCAUGUUUCCCUCCAAUCAGUUCAGCAACCUCUGAUGCAUUAUUGUUUUACAAACAUGACCAGUGACCAAAAAGGGAUAAAAGAAAAUGAUGCAAAGGAAAGCACAGGGAUGAGUAACGUAUUCACCAAAGAAUAUGACUAACCUUGCCGCAACAAGUCUCAGAUUCCCAACCGAAAUUUGGCCCUAAAGGCACUUCCUUCAUGUUCAAAAUGCAACGACUCAAGACCUUGUGAAGUCUUUGUGAUCCAUAGAGCAUAUGCUAUGCAGUCCUUUCUUAAUAGCUGAUUGGAUCCAACAUCCAUUGUUCACCGGAGCCCAUCUCAUGACUGUUAAUAAGCCUCUACCACCUUGUCUCUUGGUAAUAAGCAGAUCACCUUCAGGGCUUCACAUGGAACUGAGGAAUGUGUUCCAUCCAUCACAAGGGCAGAAGGGUGAUUGGGUGAAGCAGCAUCAUCAAUCCCUCACCAAUAAUCCCGACACGAACAAGAUCCAUCUUUGAAAUGAUGGAAACGGUUUCGAUCCCGGAUAAUGAUUUCUCUCUCGAAUUUUCUCGAAGCAUGCUUCAUGAAGGAAUGACAAUCAUGACAUGUCCUUAGAUUUUUCAUGAUCCUGAUUGUUCUUCUCCUAUCUUUGAAGUUCAGAAGGGCGAAUGAAACUGCCAGCUUUUCACUGUGAAACCCAACACUCUGCUCCUUCUCCUCGUCCUCAAUGUCGUGGAACACACUUGACUUGUGCGGCUCAUAACCUUCAACUCUGAGAUUAUCGAUUAUCUGCUGUAAGAAGUCUCUGACUUUCUGUGUAUAUACCAGAAGAUGAGCAUCAUCACCUCCUGAUAGAAACUCAUGAAUCUCAUGACCCACGACAAGCAAACUACGGCCAGGGGUUUUGGCAAUUCUCUUGUCUUGCAUUGCAGCUCUCAACUCUGCCUUCUUGGCGUAUGAACCAGUCCCACCAUAAGCGUUUGAUAGAAGCACAUAAUCCCCAUCGUGAUGAGGAUCUAGCUGAGACAGUUUCUGCUUCACUUGGUCUGCCAAUGCAAGAUUGUCACCAUGCUUCACACAAGCUCCCAGCAAGGUCCUCCAGAUGACAGCAUUUGCUUGACAGGGCAUAUCUUGUACAAAAUUAAAAGCAUCAUCAACUAAGCCAGCACGGCCAAGGAGAUCAACCAUGCAACCGUAAUUCUCUAGAGUUGGUUCCAUACCAUAUUCUUCCUUAAUGGAACGAAAAAUCUGCCAACCGUUGUUAACAAGGCCACCAUGACUGCAAGCGACUAAAGCAGCACUAAACGUGAUGUGAUCAGGCCGCAAUCCAGCUCCCUCCUUCAUCUCACGGAACAAUCUCAACGCUUCCUUGCUGCGACCAUGCACCGCUAGCCCAUUAAUCAAUGCAGUCCAAGUCCUUAUGUUUCUUUUAGGCAUCCGUUCAAAGACUCUCAUCGAAUCAUUUAUAGAACCACAACGUGAGAACAUGUCAAUCAAUGCAGUACCUAAUGCAACAGUGAGCUCCAACCCAUUUCUGGAUAUAUAAGCAUCAACCCACCUCCCCAACUCCACUGCUCCGAUGUUUGAAAUGGCAGAAGCCAAGCUAAGCAGCGUAACCUCAUCAGGCUUCACACUGCCAUCAAUCUGCAUCUGUUGAAAAAGAGCCAGGGCCUCUUGCACAGAGCCGUUAUCAACAAAGCAAGCAAUCAUCGAAGACCAAGAGACCACAUCCUUCUCAGGCAUUUCCUCAAACACCUUCAAAGCAUCCGUCACCCUGCCGCAGCCACCAUAAACCCCGAUCAACGCGUUCUGCACAUAGACAUCCGAAUCGAAACCCAUCUUCAGAAUCACCGAAUGAAGAUGCAUCCCCAGCCGGAGACGAGCGCAGGCCUUGAGAACGAAGGGGAAAGUGAAAUGAUCCACCGACACGCCAGGACGGCGGCGCAUGUUGCGGAAAAGGGAAAGAGCCAAGAAAGGAGAGGUAGCAGCAUGAGUUCGAAUGAGGGUGUUGUACGCAACGGUCACCCCGCCACCAAACAGUCGAUUCCUGAGCAUUCCCGGUAAUUCCCUGUUUGUUUUCUUGUGAAUCUCAGCUUAGAAAAUCAUUUUCUUAGCAUUUGCUUCGUUGCAGCUUGGCGCCUACGAAGUUGAAUCAGACUCCAAAAAAUCUUGUCCUCAAGCUCCAAGGGACUAUCCCUUUAGCCGCACGAAUGUAAUGGCUGGAUAUAUAUGCUGCUCCAUCUUUCAUUUUGGACUGUUUGUCAUUUGAUCUGAGCCAUUUGGCGGCAAAAUAAAGCACCUGGGUGACUUGCCCUCGUUAUCGUCCCAAAAAAAAAAGGAAUCUUCAAGCUGUAUACAGACAUAAUCUACCUAGUACGCUUCAAAAAGAGAGGAAAAAAGAUUUCCCAGUAGUGGAAUCGCUUUGAUUCCUUUCCUUCUCGACCACCCAAACAACCCACUGAGUCAGUCAACCACUACUCAGUGUCCCACCAUUCCCCUUCGACAUAAUUGCUUCGAGGAGGAAGAAGAAUAGUACCAUUAUAAUUAACAGUGACCGCGUCUUGAAGCUGCCACAGUUUUCUUCAUUCACACUCUAUUCCUUCCUUCCCCAUUCUCUCUCUGUUUCUGUACAUCUCUCUCCCAAUCUCAGCCUCCUCUGUUUCUAGUUAGGCACCCUGAAUCUCGCAAUGAAGGAAACAGACAGAAGAAUCGUGGUGGACGGGGAAUUCGUGCAUCAGGAAGAGAAGCAUUUCACCGUCUUCAAAACUUCCCUGUUCUUCGCCAACGACGGAUUCACCGUGUACGACUGCAGCAGCGGCGAGUUGGUCUUCCGAGUCGACUCGUACGGGCCCGACGCCCGGGACAGAGACGAACUCGUCCUCAUGGAUGCCCACGGCCGCUGCUUACUCACUGUCCGGAAGAAGAGGCCGAGUCUGCAUCAGCGGUGGGAAGGAUUUCUCGGGGAGAGGAAGGAAGGGCAGAAGGCGAUGUUCAGCGUGAGGAGGUCGUCGAUGAUCGGACGGUCAGGGAUGAGCGUGCAGGUGUACGACAACCCAGGGGAGGAGUACGAGAUCGAAGGGAGCUACGGGAGCCGGAGCUGCACGGUGGUCGACGCGGCGAGGGGAGCGGCGGUGGCGGAGAUCCGGCGGAAGGUGGACGCGUCGACGAACGUGGUGCUGGGGAAGGACGUGUUCUCGCUGGCGGUGAAGCCCGGGUUCGACGGGGCGUUCGCCAUGGGAUUGGUGCUGGUUCUCGAUCAGAUCUGCGGCGGUGAUUUGGCGGAGGAUGACGGUGAUGGUGCCGUUGAUGUUGUUCACGUGGGACACGAGGAGGAGGUGGAUAGCGGGCCGCUUGUUGUUGAUUCGAAAGCAAUGGAUCGGUAGUUUUGGGCCUUGUAGUUAUGGGCUUUCGGCAGCUGCUAGGGCGGGCCAUGGAGCCUGUUUCCUUAGGUAGUUCGGCCUCUAAAAAGGAAAAAUAAUGAAAGACUAAUUUGAAGCUAAAAGUGUAGUCCAGUAGUCCUACAAUGCUAGUAUGCUACAAGGAGUUAUGCUAGAGUUACAUGGCUAAUUAUAAUAAAAAAUAAAAAUGGAAUCCUAUCAAAUUAGGGUUAA